GUGUCGAGUCUGCGCUGAAAGAAAAGAGGAGGGUCUAACAGGGAGUCUUUUUAUUUAUUUCUUUGUUUCCAGUGGAAAAAAUAAUAACAGCGAUACAUUUUUAUCGUGUUUUUUUAUUUAUUUUUAUCGCCCGCUAAAGAAAGAAACUGGAAAAGGUUGCUAGACGAAUUAGGAAGCCGAAGCGAAGGGGAGGAGGAUGAAGCGGCGCAAUGCGGACUGCAGCAAACUCCGGCGGCCGUUAAAACGGAACCGAAUCACCGAGGGUAUAUACGGCAGUACCUUCCUGUACCUGAAGUUCUUGGUGGUGUGGGCGUUGGUGCUGCUGGCAGACUUUGUGCUGGAGUUCAGGUUUGAGUACCUCUGGCCCUUCUGGCUGUUCAUCAGAAGCGUGUACGACUCCUUCAGAUACCAGGGGCUGGCGUUUUCAGUGUUCUUUGUUUGUGUAGCGUUUACGUCAGACAUUAUAUGCCUCCUCUUCAUCCCAGUGCAAUGGCUGUUCUUCGCCGCCAGCACCUACGUUUGGGUGCAGUACGUGUGGCACACAGAAAGAGGGGUGUGCCUACCCACCGUGUCGCUAUGGAUACUCUUCGUAUAUAUAGAGGCAGCCAUCAGAUUCAAAGAUCUGAAAAAUUUCCACGUCGACUUGUGUCGUCCAUUUGCUGCGCAUUGUAUCGGCUACCCGGUGGUGACGCUGGGCUUCGGCUUUAAGAGCUACGUCAGCUACAAGAUGCGCCUGCGGAAGCAGAAGGAGGUGCAGCGGGAGAACGAGUUCUACAUGCAGCUGCUGCAGCAGGCGCUUCCCCCCGAGCAGCAGCUGCUCCAGAGGCAGGAGCGUGAGGCGGAGGAAGCCGCGGCUGCCAAAGGGAUGUCGGAGGUGGAGUCCACGCUGGUGUCGCAGAACGGCACCCCCGCCAGCAAAAAGCUGUCAUCCGCGCUGCCAGAGCUGGAGUACAGAGACAAAGGGAAGGAGGGCCGGGACUGCAGGGAGGCCAGGAAGCAGCACGGCCUGGACGUGGGCAGCAGCAUUCUGCCGUCCACGGACUCCAAACUCCAGGAGAUGGAGUACAUGGAGAACCAUAUCAACAGCAGGAGACUGAACAACGACCUGGCAGGGAGCACGGAGAACCUCCUGCUGAAGGAGGAGAUCGGGGGCUGCGCCUCCUCCUCCUCUUCCUCCUCUUCCUCUAAAAACUACAAGAACGCCAGCGCCGGAGGCGCGGUCAACUCUUCCCCCCGCAGCCACAGCGCCACCAAUGGCAGCGUCCUCUCCUCCACCACCUCCAACUCUUCCUCCUCCUCCACCUCCUCAUCUUCCUCCACCAGCAAGAAUGAGAGGAAGCAGAAAUGUCCAGCGGGGAAGAGCCCGGCCACCGCCUCGCACAGAGACCCAACGGACAACUGCAUACCCAACAACCAGCUGAGCAAGCCCGACGCGCUCGUACGGCUGGAGCAGGACGUGAAGAAGCUGAAGGCGGAUCUGCAGGCCAGCCGGCAGGUGGAGCAGGACCUGCGCAGUCAGAUCGGCUCCCUGAGCAGCACGGAGCGGAGCAUCCGCUCCGAGCUGGGCCAGCUGCGGCAGGAGAACGAGCUGCUGCAGAACAAGCUCCACAAUGCCGUCCAGGCUAAACAGAAGGACAAGCAGGCGGUGGGGCAGCUGGAGAAGAGGCUGAAGGCCGAGCAGGAGGCGCGGGCGGCCGCAGAGAAGCAGCUGGCAGAGGAAAAGAAGCGCAAGAAGGCGGAGGAGGCGACGGCGGCGCGGGCCGUAGCGCUGGCUGCUGCGUCCAGGGGCGAGUGCACGGAGACCCUGAGGACUCGCAUCAGAGAGCUGGAAUCAGAGUGCAAGAAGCUCACCAUCGACAUCAAGCUCAAAGAGGAACAAAUCCGAGAGCUGGAGAUGAAAGUACAGGAGCUGCGCAAAUACAAGGAGAACGAAAAAGACACGGAGGUGCUGAUGUCAGCGCUCUCAGCCAUGCAGGACAAGACGCAGCACUUAGAAAACAGCCUCAGCGCGGAGACCCGCAUCAAACUGGACCUCUUCUCCGCACUGGGAGAUGCCAAGAGACAGCUAGAGAUUGCACAAGGUCAGAUACUGCAGAAGGACCAGGAGAUAAAAGACCUGAAACAGAAGAUCGCCGAGGUGAUGGCGGUCAUGCCCAGCAUCGCCUACACAGCCGACACCAACAACAUGAGCCCAGUGGCCCCACACUACUCCUCCAAGUUCAUGGACACCAGUCCCUCCGGCCUGGACCCCAACGCCUCUGUCUACCAGCCUCUGAAGAAGUGAACGCGGGCGGAGCCCAGCGCCCCCACGUUUCGCGUUCGGCCCCUCCGGGGGGAGAGGGGGCCCAGGCCAAGAUUAUCUC